GUUUCACUGUUGGACGAAGAAACCUGUUGGGGAAAAAAAAAGGAGGAAACCUGUUGGCAGAAGGAAAUUCUUGGGAUUUUAUGAGGCUGAGGUGCUUCCUUUGUUAGGAAAGCCCACCCUCUUUUCUGUUCAAAGUAAAGCUUUGUGUGUGUGGCUCUGUUUGGUUGUUGGGUUUUGGAAGAAACAGAAGAAGCUCCUCACAUGGUGGUACUGGUAUCUCUUCACCUCCGUACCCACUUCCUCAUUCUCCUCUCUUUUUGUGCUCGUGUCUGUAUACAUGUGGGUUAUUUAGGGAAUUGUUUCUGUUAAAAAUGAGCUUCUGGACAUGGUAAUAGUAAUGGGUUUUCAUGCUGGUUGGCAUUAACACGCGACUGUUUGUGCAUAAUGAUGGUAGAGAAGGAUUGUUGGAGAACUAGUCCAAGAGCUCUUUCAGUUCUAGGUUGUGUAAAUGCUAUCCCUCGUGCGGCUAUAGGUGGAUGACUAUGGAGGGUUCAUCUGAGUCUGGUUGGCAGAAGUCUGAUAGUUCUAGGGGAUUCAAAGCUUCUUCUGUCUCGGAUAGAAACCCUAGACUGUUUCGUGGCAACAGAAUUAGGUCCUCAGGAGAUGCAUCUCAGGAUUCUGGCUCAAUACCUGUCAGAAAGGAGAGAGAUAGGGUUGUGUUGGCGCAUAGGGAUCUCCAUAGAAACCCUUUUGGCCUUUCUGGAGUUUGUGAGGAUGAGUUAGGGAGGGGCCCGGUUGUUCGUGCCAUUGAAUGGAAUGAUGUUAGCUUGAGACAAUGGUUGGACGACCCAGAACGAUCAGUUGAUGCCACUGAAUGCUUGCACAUAUUUACGCAAAUAGUAGAGAUUGUUAACCUGGCACAUUCACAAGGAGUUGUUGUCAAUAAUGUACGGCCUUCGUGCUUUGUCAUGUCAUCUUUCAACCAUGUCUCUUUCAUUGAGUCUGCAUCUUGUUCGUCAGAAUCAGGUUCAGAUUCCAUGGAGGAUAUGUCAAAUGGCCAAACAGCUGAGUGUAAGAGAUCAUCUUCACCUUUGCCCCACGGUUCACAUCGACAUAGAAGCCACUUUGGAACAGAAAGACUGGAGAUGAAUCAAACAAAUGCUUCCCAAGUGGCUUCGGAAAGUAGUUGCUUGCAGUCAAGUUCUGUCUACCCAAUGCAUAAAUCCUUGGAGGUAGGCAGUGACGUUAAACAAGCUGAAGAAAAGAAGCAUUCAUUUCCCAUGAAACAGAUUUUGCUUAUGGAAAGCAAUUGGUACACUAGUCCAGAAGAAGUUGCUGGUGCUCCUAGUUCUUGUGCUUCUGAUGUUUAUCGAUUGGGAGUCCUCCUUUUUGAGUUAUUCUGUACGUUUAGUUCGGCAGAAGAAAAGAGUUCGACUAUGUCUAGUCUGAGACACCGCGUUCUUCCUCCACAGUUACUACUGAAAUGGCCAAAAGAAGCUUCAUUUUGUUUGUGGUUACUGCAUCCUGACUCAUGUAGUCGGCCAAAAAUGAGUGAGUUGUUACAAAGUGAGUUCCUGAAUGAACCAAGAGAAGACAUAGAGGAACGUGAAGUAGCAAUAGAGCUUCGAGAGAGAAUAGAUGAGCAGGAGUUGUUGCUGGAGUUCCUUUUGAUGAUACAACAAAGAAAACAGGAAGCUGCUAUUAACUUGCAAGAUUCAAUUUCCUUCCUAUCUUCUGAUAUAGAAGAAGUUACAAAGCAGCAGUCGCUUCUUUGGAGAAGAGGAGGCUCUUGUCCAGAAUUAGGCAAGGAUUCCGCUUCUAGUCUCCCUUCGAUAGAAGUUGUUGACAAUGGAGAUUCUAGCGGUUUAGCUUCCAGAAAAAGAUACAGACCUGGACUUCAGAAUCAAAAUGAAGAGGAAUCUGGUGAUUGUGUGCAUAACUGUGAGAACUCAGAGGAACCUGCUGAAAAUCAAGGAAGUUUUCUCUCAAAAAGUUCUCGAUUGAUGAAGGACUUUAAGAAACUGGAGUCAGCUUAUUUUUUGACCAGACGCAGGUCUAUAAAGUCCACAGGAAAACCAGUAACUCGACAAUCUCCAAUUAGCAGUGAUGGUAGACGGUCCAUUGUUGUAACUGAAAGAAGUUCAAUCAAUAAUUUGCCCUCUGUGAAUCAGUGUAGUGAAGUUAGACAAAGUGGAUGGGUAAAUUCCUUCCUUGAGGGAUUGUGCAAGUAUCUGUCUUUCAGUAAUUUAAAAGUGAAGGCAGACUUGAAGCAAGGGGAUCUUUUAAAUUCUUCCAACCUAGUAUGUUCUCUGAGUUUCGAUCGCGAUGGGGAAUUUUUUGCGACGGCUGGUGUGAAUAAGAAGAUCAAAGUAUUUGAAUAUGCCACAGUUUUGAACGAAGAUCGUGAUAUCCACUAUCCUGUGGUUGAAUUAUCUAGUAGAUCAAAAUUAAGUAGUAUAUGUUGGAAUAGUUAUAUCAAGAGCCAAAUUGCUUCAAGUAACUUUGAAGGAGUGGUUCAGGUAUGGGAUGUUACAAGAAGUCAAGUUUUUAUGGAAAUGAGAGAGCAUGAAAGGCGUGUGUGGUCUGUUGACUUCUCAUUAGCAGAUCCGACAAUGUUGGCCAGUGGGAGUGAUGAUGGUUCUGUUAAGCUCUGGAAUAUCAAUCAGGGAGUAAGUGUUGGUACCAUUAAGACAAAGGCCAAUGUCUGCUGUGUUCAGUUCCCUGUUGAUUCUAGUCGUUCCAUUGCAUUUGGUUCGGCAGAUCAUAAGAUUUAUUACUACGAUCUCCGAAACUCGAAAAUGCCACUGUGCACAUUGAUUGGACACGAAAAGACUGUGAGCUACGUGAAAUUCAUAGAUUCGACGAACCUUGUCUCAGCAUCCACAGAUAACACACUAAAGCUUUGGGAUUUGUCAAUGUGCACAUCUCGAGUUCUUGACAGUCCUCUCCAGUCAUUCACAGGUCACACGAAUGUGAAGAAUUUUGUAGGUUUAUCAGUGUCUGAGGGAUACAUUGCAACUGGCUCAGAAACAAAUGAGAUUUUCAUCUACCACAAAGCUUUCCCAAUGCCAGCAUUGGCAUUCAAGUUCGGAAGCAGAGAUCCAAUUUCUGGGGAUGAAGUAGAUGACAACGCACAGUUCAUAUCGUCUUUGUGUUGGCGUCGUCAGUCAUCCACCUUAGUUGCUGCAAAUUCCAUGGGAAAUAUCAAACUUUUGGAAAUGGUUUGAUUCGGUCAGUGCUUGCAGAGAAGUGCAAAUUAACUCAGAAACAAGAGAGGGAAUAAACCGCAGGGUUAUUUGAAUGGGCUGCAUGGAAGUUACAGCAGCAAACCAAAUUUUGAAUUUAAUACCGCGGAUGUGGUUAGUGUGAAGAGUGAAAAUGAACUCUUGUAAUUUUUACUGUAUAUAUAUAUAUAUGUACAAAAAAAACGGUAAAAAGAAGGGUGAAAAUGAAUCCGUGUAUAUCCUGUAUUGAUACAGAUCCAUAAUCAUCUCAAAUAGGUGUAAUUUUCAAAUUCAUAACUUGUUACUGUUUUUCCCAGGUAGAUUUUGAGUUCACUCUUGGCCCAUUGA